ACCGAGGACUCCCCGCUGCCCCCGGAGCACCCCCACCUCUGCAGCAGUGCCCUCAAACCCCCACGCUGCACCCGCUUGGAACACCACCUCCCGACCCCUCUGCAUCACCCAGGCGCCAGCCCCGCAUCGCCCCCACACAGGGGCCCCCAAGCCUCCCACCGCACCCCCGCCACUCUCCACCUGCUGGGCCUGCUUUCCUUUCUGGGACUCGCCCUCUCUGUAAUUAUUUCACACACUGAUUUUUAUGCACUCGUUACUCAUUGUCCCGGAAGGCUCGUGAGGCUGGGACAUGUCUACAGCCAGCCCAAAGUAUAUGUUUGUUGCACAAACAAAUCAAUUAUUACGAAGACUACUGUAAGGCAGAAGUCGGUUGCCUUCUAGAAGGGAGGAUAGUAAAUAUUUCAGGCUGUGCAGUGACCACUUCGCACCAUAGAGCAAACCCUAGACAGCACGUGAGCAAAUGAGCUUCGCUGUUGCCAAUAAAACUUUAUUUACAAAACGGGCAGUGGGCCAGAUUUGUCCCACAGACGUCUCUGCUUCCCAGCUCCCAGAUCCCACUUUAAUGUUUUCCUGUGUGAAAUAAAAGCGCAAAGUACGCCAUCGCCCCGAGGUCUCCACCGACGGCAGAAAGUAAAGGACACGGUGCGGAGUCGAACCAGCGGCGCUAUGGGCACAGGAGUGGCCUGGGGAAAUACACAGACCCCGCGUCAGGUCACACCAGGACAUCCUGUUUACAGAAACCGGCCUCUAAGCUAAACGUGCUUACGGUGGUGCGUGACGCAGGGGAGGGCGUCCCCAGACAGGCAGGUGUUGGGGAGACGCAGUGAAGACGGCGACGAGGAAGUCUGCAGCUGUGCCCCAGGGUCGCCCGGAUGCCCGCGGCCCCGUAUAAAGGCCGCCAGGGGAAGGAGCCUCCAGACAUCACCGCCUCCUCCCUCCCGACACCAGCCCGCCCCACGCCGACAUGUGCCACACCAGCUGCCCCCCGGGCUGCCAGGCGUCCUGCUGCUCCUCCAGCCCCUGCCAGGCGUCCUGCUGUGUGCCUGUGAGCUGCAGACCCACUGGAGACGGGCCCCAGGACCUCAGCCCACAUGGCAGCCUCUCCUCCAGCCUGUCCCCCCGUUCCUCCCUGAGGCCACCCCCAGGACAGGCACCCCCAGAGCCAGAGGCCCAGGCCAUUGAGGGUGUGCAUAUCCGGAAAGCCACCAAGUAUCUUAAAGAUGUCACUCUGCAGAAGCCGUGCAUGCCGUUCCGACACUACAACGGUGGAGUUGGGAGAGCAGCUGGUCGGAGACACGUGGUCAGAAGGCAGCACGGGGAGCUGGCGCAGACGGGCCUGCAGACCAGGGUGGGGCAGCUCCCGGACGACUGGCAGGAGGGCUGGCAGCACCCGGAGGACUGGCAGGAGGAGACACACACAGGCUUGCAGCUCACGGGCACGCACACAGCGGGUCUGCAGCUCACGGGCACGCACACGGCAGGCCUGCAGCUCACGGGCACGCAGCAGGACGCCUGGCAGCCCGAGGGGCAGCUGGUGUGGCACAUGUCGGCGUGGGGCUGGGCUGGAGUCGGGAGGGAGGCGGCGGUGAUGUCUGGAGGGACGCCCCGAACAGCCUCGGCCCACGGGAAGGUUCCGGGGCGGACGCUCGGAGGUGGGGAGGCUCUGUCUCCGUCCGAGUGUCCCAGCCGCUUCCGGCUGGAGGUCACGCAGCGGCCGACGCACGGGAAGGACUCGGCGACCGCUGGCCCACAGCACGAGCGUGGACGGAGGCGCGGCGGCCCCGCGGUCAGCAGCCGGAGCCCCACGCUGUGGACGCAGCAGCUGGAGCCUCGGCCACACCUGCCGCUGCCGCCCCACCGCCCCGCCAUGGCCGCCUCCACCCUGUCCCUCUGCUCCAGCGACCUGAGCUACGGCAGCCACGUCUGCCAGCCCGGGGCCUCCGACUCCUGCCCCGACUCCUCCUGGCAGGGGGAGGACUGCCCGGAGAGCUGUGAGCCGGCCUGCUGCGCCCCUGUGUGCUGCACCCCUGUGUGCUGCAAGCCCGUCUGCUGCACCCCUGUCUGCUGCACCCCUGUCUGCUGCAAGCCCGUCUGCUGUGAGGACUCCCCCUGCACAGACUCCUCCUGCUGCCAGUCCUCCUGCUACGCCACCUCCCGCUGCCAGGGAGCUGGCUGCACCCCUGUGUGCUGCAAGCCCAUCCUCUGUUCGCCCGUCUGCUGUGAGGACUCCCCCUGCACAACCUCCAACUGCUGCCAACAGUCUAGCUGCACCUCCUCCCCCUGCCAGGGAGACUGCUGCACCCCUGUGUGCUGCAAGCCCGUCUGCUGCACCCCUGUCUGCUGCAAGCCCGUCUGCUGCACCCCUGUGUGCUCUGGGCCCACCCAAUACUCAGGUUCCUCCUGUGGCCAGCCCAGCCACUGUUGCAGACCCUCCUCAUGCGUGUCCCUGCUCUGCCGCCCCGUGUACCCCCGCCCCGCCUGCUGCGCCCCUGCCCCCUCCUGCUGCACCCCUGCCUCCCGCUGCCAGCCCAGCUGCUGCCGCUCUGCCUCGUGCGUGUCCCUGCUCUGCCGCCCCGUGUGCUCGCGCCCCGCCUGCGGCUGCCAGUGA